UUCUUUUAGCAAAGCUUACUGUGUUCGCUUCUGCUGAUAAAUAAUUAAGUUGUCAAGUUAUUUUAUGUUUAAUUGAUUGAUAAAAAAAUCAAAAAUUUAUUAAUAUUUUGGUUAUAAAAAAUUACGUGUACGUUUCACGCACAAAAAUACGAAAAAAAAAAUAGAAUAAAGGCAAAAAAUUUCUAAAAUCACACUGGUGCAAUCAAGCCAUCGCAUAUAUUAAAGGAAAAAACUGUUCCGCUUGGUGUUCAAAAUGGUAAAACUAGAAGAAAAUUUGAGGCUAGGAAAGCAAAGUAUGGAAGAAAAACUAAAGCAGAUAUUACUAUUUUUCAUACCUGAACAAUGUCAUGACACUUAUCUGUUAGAACACCGUUUCACUGAUGUACCUUGCUUUAAAGCACUAGUAAGUAAGCUACUAGGCUUUGCAAUCAUUGCCGGUUCUUUGCUGGUUAAAGUACCGCAAAUUAUGAAAAUAUAUAAAAGCAAAAGUGCCGAGGGCGUUAGUUUUAUUGCCGUUUUAUUGGAUUUGAUUGCCAUUACGUCUCAUAUGGCCUAUAGCUACGUUAACGGUUAUCCGUUCAGUUCUUGGGGCGACACCAGUUUCUUGGCUUUCCAAACACUUGUCAUAGCAGAAUUAAUCCUAUAUUACCAGUGCUAUCCAAUAUUAUCUUACGUAUUCUCAAUGGCUUAUGGAGGUUUUGCUUACACAUUAUGUUCUGGCAAAACGCCUUUGCAUGUAUUGACAACAAUGCAGAGCCUUAACAUACCAAUUUUGCUCGCCGGUAAACUUUCACAGGCAUACACUAUUUAUCAAAAUCGUUGCGUUGGGCAACUGUCUGCUGUGACUGUAUUCAUGUUACUUGGCGGCUCUUUGGCACGUAUAUUUACCUCGAUUGAGGAAACAGGCGACUCAAUAAUGAUCAUUACAUUCUGUUCUUCAACUUUUGCUAAUGCUUUAAUAGCUUUCCAGGUUAUCUGUUUCUGGAAUAAAAAGAGUGCUCAUAACUCAGAACAAGCAUAUACGAGCGCACGCCCUGUUGCAGCAGUAAAAGAUGGAAGAAAGUGCGAUUGAAGAUAAAAAAAAAUCUUUGCAGAAAUUCAUACGUACCCACGCAAACAUUGACCCUUACUUAAAAAAAUUUGUAGAAAUACCCCUUUGUUAGACAAAUUUA